CAUAGUUUACAACAUUUUCUUUGAUAAAUAGUAGCCACACCUCUUGCUGGCUUGUCAGUUUAACUCGCUGUUACUCACUCCACUCUUGCUCGCUCGCUCGCUCGCUCCCUCCGUCCCUCCCUUGCACGCUCCCCCACCCAUCUCUCUAACUGAGCGUUUCUUCUCACAAUCCCCAUCCAACUCCGGCUGUCAGAAAGCGCACGGUGGAUGGACCAGGAGCACUGGAAUUUACCCCUCUCUUUUAGAAAACUAACCAAAGAAAGAAACGCUGCUCUGCACACUAGUCAGGACAUCUCCAACAACAUAGGUUCUUCUUUUGGUCAGAAAAAGCAAAGAAACGACUGUGGACCUUUAAAUCCAUCAAGGAUCUAAGGGCAGGAGAAGGCCAUGCCAUUUGGCUGUCUAACGCUGGGGGAGAAGAAGGAUUAUAACAAUCCUUCUGAGGUGACGGAAAAGUAUGACUUGGGACAGAUUAUUAAAACGGAGGAGUUUUGCGAAAUUUUCCGGGCCAAAGACAAAGCGACCUUGAAAAUGACCACCUGCAAGAAGUUCCUGAAGAAGGAUGGGAGGAAAGUCCGAAAAGCUGCCAAAAACGAGAUCACCAUCCUGAAGAUGGUGAAGCAUCCCAACAUACUUCAGCUGGUGGACGUCUUUGAAACCAGAAAAGAGUAUUUCAUAUUUCUCGAACUUGCCACAGGCAGGGAGGUGUUUGACUGGAUCCUGGACCAGGGUUACUAUUCCGAGCGAGACACCAGCAACGUCAUUAGGCAGGUGAUGGAGGCUGUUGCAUACCUUCACUCCCUGCACAUUGUCCACAGGCCUUGGACUUCCAUUGUGCUGGAGAACUUGGUCUACUACAAUCGUUUAAAGAAUUCAAAAAUCGUCAUCAGUGAUUUCCAUCUGGCCAAGCUGACGAAUGGGCUCAUCAAGGACCCCUGUGGCACCCCGGAAUACCUGGCUCCAGAAGUAGUUGCCAGGCAGAGAUAUGGAAGGCCAGUUGACUGCUGGGCUAUUGGAGUCAUCAUGUACAUACUGCUAUCAGGUAAUCCACCGUUCUAUGAUGAAACUGACGAUGAAGAUUACGAGAAUCACGACAAGAACUUGUUUCGUAAAAUCCUGGCAGGAGACUAUGAGUUUGAUUCCCCAUAUUGGGAUGAUAUUUCUGAUUCAGCCAAGGGGCUGGUGAACCGGUUGAUGGACGUGGACCAAGACCAGAGACUGACAACACAGGAAGCCAUCAAUCAUGAGUGGAUUUCAGGGAAUGCUGCAUCAGACAAAAACAUAAAAGACGGUGUCUGCGCACAGAUUGAAAAGAACUUCGCCAAAGCAAAGUGGAAGAAAGCGGUGCGGGUGACCACAAUCAUGAAGCGACUGCGGGCACCUGAACAGAGUGCGUCAGCAGCCACUGCUCCAGCGGCUACAUCAGCCCCAGCUUCCCCGGCAGACCCAGAGGCACCAGCGGCAUCAGCAGACCUGGCUGCACCAGCCUCCAGUGAUACUCCCACAGCCACAGAGUCAGAGAGCAGCCCGGGCAGCAGUGAAGCCCCAACGCCAUCAGAGCCCCAGAGCUCCGAGCCAGAGAACAAACCAGCCAGCCCAGAGGAGGACAGCCCCGCCCAGCCUGACAGCUCUGCCCAAGUGGGUGUGGUGGAAGAGGAAGAGGCAGCGUCUUCACGAUGUAACGGGGAAACACCCGUCCCUCUGGAGCCUGCUGUGGAAGCCUGUGACGAGCAGAACGGCUAAAGCUCCUCACACCCCCACUCUCCUUUGUAAUAUAGGCGCUGGCAUGGUGACGCUGAAUCCGCUAAACUCUCUCACGCAGCAGAAUUAGUAUAGAGCUUAAAGAAGCAGUGUCCCAUCUUUCUGGGAGGAUGCCUAAUGGAUAGUGUUUUUUUUUCUUUUCUUUGAUUCCUUUAAGAGCUUUUUUUUCUGAUCCAGAAUAACCGCCUAUUUUUGCAGGCUGCUUUGUGAAACAGCUAAGUGAAAACUGUUGCUACUGCUUCCACUAAGUGUAGUCUUAAGAGGGAGUACAUAGCUUCAUGUUUCUUCAUGCUUUAUCUUUGUUGUACUUUCAAUCAUUCAGACUGGUUUUGAGUUCCAUUGCACCACAAAUUAGAUACUCAGCUAUAUCCACUGCUGGCUAUUCAUUUCUAACAGCCUGUCAUGUUCUUCUCUGACUUUUCUGUCAGCUUAAUAUAUAAUAUAUAGUUUAGUGUAGAGAAGGUUUGGUUAGGGUUAGGACUGCUGUUUACACAUUGGCGCUACAGACUUAACAUCUCUGAUUGAAUGUAAAUACUUUUUUUUUUUUUUUUUAAUUGGCAUUUUUAUUGAUGCAGUGAAGAUGUUUUUAUUUUAUUUUAUUUUAAAACGUUUAUUUGAAACCCUUUUUGUUUUAAACCCAUCGGGGGCCUGACAAACUGAACUAACCAUGGGCCCAUCAUAAUAAAACUGCAGAGACUCUGCUAAAAAAUAAAAAAUGAGCAAAGGGGAGAGAGAUCCUAUUUGACCACCAAUAUCACUUCUAAAAAUGCAGCUUUUAAUUCUUUUAAUGGAGGUGUCACGUUUUAGUAUUAGAUUGCCACUGAGAUUAGAUUUUUGUAUUCUAUUCACUGUAAUGUUUUGGGUUAAAACCCAUUGAAAAUAAGUUGGAGUCAACUGAAUUACUUGCACGAUUGACACUGAAGUUUUGAAUUCAGACCUUUGUAUUGCAAUCAUAUUGCCUCUGACACAGGGGAACGUGUUUGCAUUUCUAGGCUGCAGUUUUACGCAGGCAUCCGGCAGAUUGGGGACACUGCUCUUAACUUGCUGCUGUAAACAAAACUCUGUAGAAGUAGCCAAACUGGAAUGCAUUUUGAAAUUUCUUAUACAUUUCAUGUUGUUUGUAGGCAAUUGAUGAAUAAAGAUUUGGUAUAAGCCUCAGCCAUGUAAAUAAACAUAAAUAUGUAAGUA